UAUACAUUGUCAGACUUACUAUUUUCUUGUUACCUUCUUUGCGUGUAACAUUAAAAAUUACAAUUAAAUUUGGGCAAAGUAAACGUGAAUUCGGGCGUCGACCGGUCCUCCCUCCUACCCGUGAAUAACCGUCGCUCCGCAGUCGCACUCGUCAUUUUGUACGUAUUAGCUCUGUGCGCGGUCACGGCACGGGUAAGAACAACGCGGCGGUGGUUUUUCAGAGUGUUGUGAGGUGCAGUGUCGGUCUGCGUGACCGUUUAAUGUGGUAUACAGUGCCGGUGUUAGGUUAUCUCGAGAAGGGUCGCGCGGCGUGAUCGGGCGCGAUGGUGGACAUGGAUAGAAACGACCCGGAGCUCCGGUACCUGUCCGUGGAUAGGAACAGUUUUAACGACCCGGCGACUCAGGCAGAAUGGACCCAGAAGAGAUUAGUGUGGGUGCCCCACGAGACCCAGGGGUUCGUGGCGGCGGGAAUAAAGGGAGAGCGGGGGGAUGAGGUCGAAGUGGAAAUCGCGGAAUCCGGGAAGCGGAUGCUGGUGCCUAUAGAUGACAUCCAGAAAAUGAAUCCACCGAAGUUCGAUAAAGUUGAAGACAUGGCUGAGCUGACCUGUCUGAACGAGGCUUCUGUGCUGCACAACAUCAAGGACAGAUACUAUUCUGGACUUAUUUAUACAUACUCCGGUCUCUUCUGCGUGGUGGUGAAUCCUUACAAGAAAUUGCCGAUUUAUACGGAAAAGAUCAUGGAGAGGUAUAAAGGCAUCAAGCGGCAUGAAGUACCACCUCACGUCUUCGCCAUUACAGACACAGCUUACCGUUCUAUGUUGCAAGAUCGAGAAGACCAGUCUAUCCUAUGUACUGGCGAAUCAGGUGCCGGAAAGACAGAGAACACAAAGAAGGUGAUACAGUACCUAGCCUACGUCGCCGCUUCCAAACCCAAAGGAUCUGGAGCGGGGCCGACACCACAGUUGAUUAUAGGCGAAUUAGAACAACAGUUACUGCAAGCGAAUCCCAUAUUAGAAGCCUUCGGUAAUGCUAAAACAGUUAAAAACGACAACUCUUCCAGAUUCGGUAAAUUCAUUAGAAUAAACUUCGACGCGUCCGGUUUCAUAGCGGGCGCGAACAUUGAAACGUACUUACUAGAAAAAUCGAGAGCGAUUCGACAAGCGAAGGAUGAGAGGACGUUCCACAUAUUCUACCAGCUGCUCGCCGGAGCCACGCCCCAGCAGAAGGCGGAGUAUAUUCUUGAAGACCCUAAGAGCUAUCACUUUUUGAUCAAUGGACCUUUGCCUGUACCAGGCAUAGACGACAAUGCAGAGUUCCAAGCGACGAUCAAGUCAAUGAACAUAAUGGGCAUGAACAAUGAGGACUUCAACUCGAUAUUCCGGAUAGUCUCCUCAGUUAUGCUCUUCGGCUCCAUGCAGUUCAAGCAGGAGAGGAAUUCGGACCAGGCCACGCUGCCAGACAACACAGUUGCGCAAAAGAUCGCGCAUUUACUCGGUCUCUCUGUCACAGAAAUGACGAAAGCGUUCCUGAAGCCGCGCAUCAAAGUUGGUCGCGACUUCGUCACCAAAGCCCAGACCAAGGAACAAGUUGAAUUCUCCGUGGAAGCCAUCGCUAAGGCUUGCUACGAGCGCUUAUUCCGAUGGCUCGUCAACAGAAUCAACCGUUCUCUAGACAGAACUAAAAGGCAAGGAGCCUCCUUCAUCGGCAUCCUCGAUAUGGCUGGUUUCGAAAUCUUCGAGCUCAACUCCUUCGAGCAACUCUGCAUCAACUACACAAACGAAAAACUCCAGCAACUUUUCAACCACACCAUGUUCAUCCUCGAACAGGAGGAGUACCAGCGUGAAGGUAUCGAGUGGAAAUUCAUUGAUUUUGGACUCGAUUUACAACCCACGAUCGACUUGAUCGACAAGCCUAUGGGAAUCAUGGCUUUGCUCGACGAGGAGUGUUGGUUCCCGAAAGCGACAGAUAAGACUUUCGUUGAGAAAUUAGUCUCAGCGCAUUCCGUCCAUCCCAAAUUCAUGAAGACAGACUUCCGCGGUGUUGCAGACUUCGCUAUCAUUCAUUAUGCGGGCAAAGUGGAUUACUCUGCCUCACAGUGGCUGAUGAAGAACAUGGACCCGCUCAAUGAGAACGUGGUCUCCCUGCUGCAGUCUUCGCAGGACCCGUUCGUCUGCCACAUUUGGAAGGACGCGGAAAUAGUUGGCAUGGCCCAACAGCUGACUGACACACAGUUUGGCGCAAGAACCCGAAAAGGAAUGUUCCGAACGGUAUCCCAACUGUACAAAGAACAGCUGACAAAGCUGAUGGCGACGCUCAGAAACACCAACCCGAACUUCGUGAGAUGUAUUAUACCGAACCACGAGAAGAAAGCGGGCAAGAUUGAAGCGCCUCUGGUCCUCGAUCAGUUACGAUGCAAUGGUGUCCUUGAGGGUAUUAGGAUAUGCAGACAAGGCUUCCCCAACCGCAUUCCGUUCCAGGAGUUCAGACAACGAUACGAGCUGCUUACGCCGAACAUUAUUCCUAAAGGCUUCAUGGACGGGAAGAAGGCUUGCGAGCAGAUGAUUGAGGCUUUGGAACUCGAUCACAACCUUUUCCGAGUUGGACAGUCGAAAAUCUUCUUCAGAGCUGGAGUGUUGGCUCAUUUGGAGGAGGAGCGAGAUUACAAGAUUACGGACUUGAUAGUGAACUUCCAGGCGUUCUGCCGAGGGUUCCUGGCGAGGAGGAAUUACCAAAAACGGUUGCAGCAGCUGAAUGCGAUUAGGAUCAUUCAAAGGAACUGCGCAGCUUACUUGAAAUUGAGGAAUUGGCAAUGGUGGAGACUGUACAUAAAGGUAAAACCUCUGCUAGAAGUGACGAAGCAAGAAGAGAAGUUGACGCAAAAGGAGGACGAGCUUCGGCAGAUCCGCGACAAGUUGGAUACGCAGAUGAAGCGGUGCCAGGAGUACGAGCAGAAAUACCAGCAGGCCAACGCCGAGAAGACGCAGCUGGCUGAACAGCUGCAGGCCGAGCUGGAGCUGUGCGCCGAGGCCGAGGAGUCGCGCGCGCGCGCCGCGGCGCGGAAGCAGGAGCUGGAGGAGCUGCUGCACGACCUGGAGGGCCGCAUCGAGGAGGAGGAGGAGCGCUGCUCCCAGCUGCAGCAGGAGAAGAAGCGCCUGCAGCUCAACAUACAGGACCUAGAAGAACAGCUGGAAGAGGAAGAAGCAGCUCGGCAGAAGCUGCAGCUCGAGCGCGUGCAAUGUGAUGCCAAGCUUAAGAAGCUCGAGGAGGACCUGGCACUCAGCGAAGAUACCAACCAAAAGCUCCUCAAAGAAAAGAAGAUUAUAGAAGAGCGAGCGAACGACUUAUCACAAGCGUUGGCUGAGGAAGAAGAGAAGGCCAAACAUUUGAGCAAACUCAAGGCCAAACAGGAGUCCGCUAUCGCCGAAUUAGAAGAAAAAUUGCUCAAGGAUCACCAGCUAAGACAAGAGGUGGAGCGCGCGAAACGGAAGAUCGAGACAGAGUUGCAGGACGUUAGAGAACAACUCGUCGAGAAGAAGGCUCAAGUUGAAGAAUUACAAAUUGUACUCACGAAGCGCGAGGAGGAGCUGGCGCUGGCCAUGGGCCGCGCGGACGAGGAGGGCGCGCUGCGCGCGGCGGCGGCCAAGGCGGCGCGCGAGGCCGAGUCGGCGCUGGCCGACGCGCACGAGGACCUGGAGGCCGAGCGCGCCGCGCGCACCAAGGCCGAGAAGCUGCGCCGCGACCUCAACGAGGAGCUGGAGGCGCUCAAGAGCGAGCUGCUGGACUCGCUCGACACCACCGCCGCCCAACAAGAACUAAGAUCGAAACGUGAACAAGAAGUGGCAGUGCUAAAACGCUCCCUGGAGGAAGAAGCGACGACACACGAAGCCGUGCUCACCGAACAGCGGCACAAGCACUCGCAAGAGCUGCAGCAGCUCAACGAGCAACAUGAGCAGCUCAAGAAAGCUAAAGCUGGCCUGGAGAAAGCCAAGCAGGCGCUGGAGGCGGAGAACGCCGACCUGGCCACGGAGCUGAAGAGCGCCAGCGCUGCUCGCGCCGAGGGUGAGCGCCGCCGCAAGCAGGCCGAGGCCCAGCUGGCCGACUUGGCCGCCAAGCUGGCCGAGGUGGAGCGCGCCAGGGCCGAGAUCCAGGAAAAGUGUGUGCGGCUGCAGAGCGAGGCUGAGCAGGCGCUGCAGCAGCUGGAGCAGGCCGACCUAAAGGCGUCUGCUGCCGUCAAGCAGGCCGCCGCCGCCGGCGCGCAGCACGCCGAGGCUCAGGCUCUCCUUGAAGAAGAAACGAAGCAAAAGUUGGCGCUGCAGACGAAACUGCGCAAUGUGGAGCAGCAGUUAGAACAGGCGCGAGACCAGCUGGAUGAGGAAGAGGAGGUCAAGAGAAACCUCGAAAAGCAAGUAGUGGCGAUGACGCAGCAAGUGGCGGAGGCGAAGAAGAAGGCGGAAGAGGAAGCUGAAGCUGCGCUGUUGCUCGAGGAGCAGCGCAAGAAGCUGACCAAGGACGUGGAGGCUCUGCACAGGCAGAUCGACGAACUGCAGCAGGCUAAUGACAAACUCGAUAAGAGCAAGAAGAAAGUCCAGCAGGAAUUGGAAGACACGAACAUCGACUUGGAGGCGCAGCGUGCGAAAGUGCUGGAGCUCGAGAAGAAACAGAAGAGCUUCGACAAGGUGGUGGCGGAGGAGCGCGCCGUGGCCGAGCGGUACGCGGCCGAGCGUGACGCCGCCGAGCGCGAGGCUCGCGAGAAGGAGACCAGGGUGCUGUCGCUCACCAGGGAGCUCGACGACGCCGCCGAGAAGAUCGAGGAGCUGGAGCGCACGAAACGCCUCCUGCAGUCGGAGCUGGACGAGCUGGCCAACACGCAGGGCACGGCGGAUAAGAAUGUGCACGACCUGGAGAAGGCCAAGCGCGCGCUCGAGUCGCAGCUGGCGGAGCUCAAGGCGCAGAACGAGGAGAUCGAGGACGACCUGCAGCUCACGGAGGACGCCAAGCUGCGGCUCGAGGUCAACAUGCAGGCCAUGCGGGCGCAGUUCGAGCGGGACCUGCAGGCCAAAGAGGAGCAAGGCGAAGAGAAGCGGCGCGGCAUCGUGAAGCAGCUGCGCGACCUCGAAGCCGAGCUGGAAGAGGAGCGCAAGCAGCGGGCCGCCAUCGCCGCCCGAGGGAAGAAGCUGGAGGCCGACUUGAAGGACGCCGAGCAGGCGUUGCAUCUCGCUAAUAAGCUGAAGGACGACGCCGCGAAGCAAGUGAAGAAGCUGCAGCAGCAGCUGAAGGAGGCCGUGCGCGAGGCGGAGGAGGCGCGCGCCGGCAAGGACGAGGCGGCGGGCGCGGCGCGCGAGGCCGAGCGCCGCGUCAAGGCGCUGGAGGCCGAGGCCGUGCAGCACCAGGAGGAGCUGGCCGCCGCCGACCGCGCGCGCCGCCAGGCCGAGGCCGAGCGCGACGACCUGCUGGACGAGCUCAACAACUCCGCCAGCAAGGGCACGUUAUUAGUAGACGAAAAGAAGCGGCUGGAGGCGCGGAUAGCGGCGCUGGAAGAGGACCUCGACGAGGAACAGUCCAACAACGAGAUACUUAACGACAGACUUAGGAAAGCACAGAACCAAAUCGACCAAGUGACGAUGGAGCUGGGCACGGAGAAGUCGGCGACGCAGAAACUGGAAAGCAGCAAACUGGUGCUCGAGCGGCAAAACAAAGAGCUCAAAGCUAAACUGGCCGAACUCGAGACCGCGGCGCGCACCAAGACCAAGGGAGUAAUAACGUCCUUGGAGCUGAAGGUGGCGAAUCUGGAAGAGCAGCUCGAGGCGGAGUCGCGCGAGCGUUUAGCGCAGCAAAAGGCGUCGCGUAAGCUCGACAAAAAGAUGAAGGAGUUCACUCUCCAGCUAGACGAGGAAAGGCGUCAUGCGGACCAGUACAAGGAACAGAUCGAAAAGAUGAACGCGCGCGUGAAGGCGCUGAAGCGGCAGCUGGACGAGGCCGAGGAGGAGGUGCAGCGCGAGAAGGUGGGCAAACGCAAGGCGCAGCGCGAGCUGGAAGACCUGCUGGAGACACACGAGACUCUCGCGCGCGAAUGCACCAACCUACGGAACAAACUCAGACGGCAAGGCGGUGGUCCCAUCGGGCUGUCCAGCGGGUCGUCGGGGGCGCGCAUAAAGCGGUCGUCACUCGCGCCCGGCGGCGGCGGCUCCGGCGACGAGUCCUUCGAUGACGGCAACGACACCAUCAACAGCGUCGAGUAGACACGACCCUACAGACCACGUACUGGUUACACAAGAAACUGCAACUCCUGACUCUCGACACACCGACCGAUGCGUCGUUUAUCGUUGAAUGUGUUUAUAUAAAAUGUAUAUGAAUUUGUUGAUUGUGCUGUGCUCAACGUGUAGCGUGAGUCACACUUUAAGGCGGGACCGCACCAGGCGGAAGAGCGCAGCAAAAUAUAUGUAGCUUGAGCGACGUUUUUUAAGCUGUAAUACAUUACGCUGCAGCAGCGUUUAUGGUACAAACAGCGUUUGUGAGACAAUCUGUCAGCUCUUUAGUGCGGUGGAGUUCCGCCGAGUGCGAUUCAAAUUUGAUCACAAAAAAUUGUCGCAUUGUCCUACCGCCUGAGAAAUUGUGAAGGGACUUGAUUAAGUAAUAAACGAUUUUAAACAUUUUUAACGCGUGACAAAUUAGAUACUGUACAAGUCCCUAUACUAUUUUUUUAAGAAUUUUGAAAUGUUCAUAUUGUAGUUAGUUUUUUAUGUAACCGUUAUGUGCGGUAGUCGUCGACGUCGUAUAAUGUCGAUUCGAGGCAGAUUGUAUGGAGCAACAAGCCGAAAUAGUUGCUUGAGAACUGAGAGCGUACAUCGGCGUACCUUACCUUUGUCUGUCGCUAAUCGCGGAAUUUCAAUCCCUAUCCUCAAUGAACUUUUUGAGUACAUUUAAUUAAUUUAAAAUAAAACAGGUGCUCAAUCCCCUUACAGCAUUUACAGUCAGUGAAUCUCUGCAAAUACAAUUGGAGCAUUUUCACAGUAUUAACGAAACAUUCCUAUCAAUCGAGAUAUUAAAAUUGUAUCUAGACUAGGUCGAUGUAUAAUGUUAAAUUAAUCAUUUGGUGAUAAUUGUAAUGAAAUUAAACUAAAAGGUAUUAUUAAAAAAAAGUUAUUACAAUUAGAGGCCGGCUCGAUUUUGCAUUUACGCGACUGAGUGACAACGACUCGCAACAAUAGUGCCUCACUGAUUUGCAGCGAGGCUCCCGACAUGUAAAUAAUUCAGUGUCACCCGCUGACCGCUUAGUUGCCAUACAAAUUUUAAUGAUAGUUGUUUAUGUAAGGAACUCGGAAGCUGCGCCCGAGACGUGAUGGCGCCGUUUGUUCCCUUAGCCAUCUGCACAAGUCGUGCUCGGCUAAGGGCGCAUUGCGAUGGAAAUUUGCACCGAAUGGGUAUAAAAAUAACGCAUAAAUUAUAAGAGCCUCAAAGCGUUGCCACGCUUUUUUCGGAUAGCUAAUCGCGAGCGCCGCCUCGUCUCGAGGCAAGAAUCACGGCUUGCUUUAUUAUAGGCUUAGGUAAGACUUGUAGUAAUAAAUCGUGGCCUUAGGAUUUUUUAUCAUGGACUAUACGUAAUGCGAUUCUGCCUCGUGUAUCGGAGGCGUAACCACUUAAAAACUACAUUUGUAUCUAAAAUUACCUUCGUAUCGUGCGAGCAUUUUAUAUGACCAUUUACAGAGUCUAAUGACCUCCUCUUUUUAAAAUAUAUAGGUAUCUGAAUAAUAAUAUAAAAUUUAAAUGUAAGUAAACCAUUGAAGCAUAAACAUAUUUUACAUAAAUAUUAUAU